UUUCUUUCUCCUCCUGAAGAUUUGUGUAUUUAUUUGAAAGGCACAGCUAUGCAGAGAGAGGGAAAGAGGUCUUCCAUCUGCUGGUUCAUUCCCCAAGUGGCGGCAAUGGCCAGGGCUGGGCCAGGCCAAAGCCAGGAGCUGGGAGCUCUGUUCGGGUCUCCCAUGUGGCUGGUAGAGCCCAGCACUUAGGCCAUCCUCCAUUGCCUUCCCAGGCACAUUAGAAGGGGGCAGGAACGGAAAUGGAGCAGCCAGGAUGUGAACUGGUGGUGUGACAGGUGGCAGCUUAACCUGCUCUACCGCCAUGCUGGCCCUAACACCUGCUAGGACAUCUGCAUUCUAGGUCCCAGUCCUGGGUCCCCCCAACUCAGCUCCCGGCCAACGCCCACCCUGGGUCCCCCCUGACUCAGCUCUCAGCUGACGCCCACCUUGGGUCCCCCUGACUCAGCUCCCUGGGUCCCUCCGACUCAGCUCCCAGUCGACACCCACCCUGGCUCCCUGCCACCCAGGGGGGAGCCCACGCAGAACUCUGAGCUUCGGCUCCUUCAGCCUUCCCAGGCACCCGGGGGUGACCCAGUGGAUUCGAGCUCUGCCUCUCACACUGAGCAUGAGCUAAAGAGAACACAAAACUCCAAGAACCAAGGCUGCAGGCCCAGCGCAGAGGAUUCCACUUAGAUUCCCAAGGGCCUGAGCAGCCUGGCUUUGGGCCAUAGCUCCCAAGGUUGGGCACAUUUGCGACUCCCAGCCUGUGCGCGGGCUCGCUGUGCUCUGCCCCAAGCAGAGAGGCGCUCGGGCCCAACGCUAAGUGCACUCUGUUCUUGUUUUGUCUGAACCCCCUCCGCUAGACCCCGCCUGGCCACACCACCCUCCUCUAGCUGGACGUUCUGGAGGCACUGCCCGGCCCCAGCUGAGGGUGCAGGCUGCUGCGCGAAGACACAGAGACGGAGUCGCUCUACAGCGGGGCAGCGGACAUGGCCUAGAAAUGCAAGACCCUGGUGGCCCCGGAGAUCAGCAUCUCGCUGUCCGACGACUUCCUGGACACACCGACAACCUGGACAUGAACGUGGACAACAUUGAGACCCCCGACGAGAUGGACUCGCUCGAGUUCCUGGGCAACGACAAUGAGCUGGAGUGGGAAGGUAAGGGCCACGGGGCUGUCCCAGUCUUGGCCACGGGCGCGGGGUGCGGGGUCCGCGGGGGCCACGGAAUGGCGCGGGGUUCACGCGCACCUGCACCUGUCGCCACCGCGCGGGUCUUCCCCAAGAUCCUCGAAGGGGACCAUGGCCCGCGGCCUGCCCGGCUUUUCGAGCGCUUGCUCUGGGCGCUGGGGAC